AUGGCGACCUCAAAGUACACGCCGGCGCCCACGCGCGACUCUCUCGAUGAACAGAGCUACACUCAAGCCCCGCCAUCAUAUCAAGACAACCCAACGGCAACUGGCUCGAGCACGAACGACGCUGGCUACGGCAGCGCUCCGCGUACAGAAGAUGACAAUGUCCCGGACGACUUCAAGUUCGGCGGCUCUGUCAGCGAAGCGACACUCGACAUCCGCAUGCAAUUCAUCCGCAAAGUCUACUCGAUCCUGACGGUCCAAAUCCUUUUGACGACGGCGCUCUCCUCAGUAUCGUUCUUUUCAGACGGCUACCGCAACUGGAUUCAGUCCAACCAAUGGAUGAUGUGGGUGUCGCUCUUUGGCGCCAUUGGAUUCCUGCUUCUCACAUUCUGGAAACGCAAGAGCUACCCUACAAACUUGGUCUUCUUGGCCGGCUUCACUGGUCUCGAGGCAUACAGCAUCAGCGUUAUCACCUCCUUCUACGAAUCCCGAAUCGUGGUGCAGGCGCUGAUCAUUACUUUGGCUAUCUUUGCUUUCCUGACCGCGUUUGCGUGCCAAUCGAAGUAUGAUUUCACUAGCUGGGCUCCUUACCUCUUCGGUGGCCUGUGGAUCCUCAUUAUUUUCGGCUUCAUGGCUGCGUUCUUCCCGCACGGAAAGACGAUCGAGCUGCUGGUCAUGCGCCACUAUCACGUGGAGGAAGAGAUUGCCGCCAGCAUCAGUCUAUACCUCGAUGUCCUGAACCUGUUCUUGGCCAUUCUGCGGAUCCUUAAUAGCCAGAACAACAACUGA